CAUGGCGCCUGUUGACAAUUCACCAAGGGGAAAUAUGGGAGGAUUUGAACUUGUACACUCGGUAAAAGCUGAAGAUAUAAUACCAAUACAUAUUUAUAAAUCUACAAAUACCGGAAUUACCGUUUGUAUAGCAGAAGUUGAUGGACCUGUUGUCAGUGGCUAUUUCGGUUUCGCUACCGAAGCAUUCGAUGAUGAUGGACUACCUCACACAUUGGAACAUCUUAUUUUUUUGGGAAGCGAAGAAUAUCCAUACAAAGGUGUCUUAGACUUAUGGGCUAAUAGAUGCUUAGCAUCUGGCACUAAUGCUGCAACACUUACUGAUAGUACAUACUAUACUAUGACAACUGCCGGUAGCGAAGGAUUUUUAUCCUUGAUGCCUGUAUAUCUUGAACACAUUCUCUAUCCAACACUUACGGAUGCAGCUUAUCUUACAGAAGUACAUCAUAUUACUGGCAAAGGAAAAGAUGCAGGUGUGGUUUAUUGUGAAAUGCAAGGCAAAGAAAAUAUUGGAGAAUAUUUGGUAUACAUAGAACUGUGUAGAGCAAUUUUCCCUGGACGAUGUGGUUAUAAAUCCAAUACUGGAGGAGCAUUACAAAAUCUAAGAGAAAGUACUAAUAAUGAAAAAGUAAAACAUUAUCAUAAGGAAUUUUAUAGACCAGAAAAUUUGACAUUAGUAAUUGCGGGUCAAAUAAAACAUGUUGAUGUAUUUAAAGCAUUGCAUCCUAUAGAACAGAAAAUAAUGUCAAAACAAUGUAUGUUUCAGGGAAGUCGAGGUUUAUUUAAAAAACCUUGGCAAAGUCCUGUACCACCUCUCACUGAAAGUGUAGACAUGGAUAUAUAUUAUCCUUGUGACGAUGAAGAUAAUGGAGUCGUGAAUGUUGCUUGGCGAGGACCAUCUAUCGUUCACGAACUAUAUGAUUUUCUUGGUUGCACGUUGCUUAUGAAAUAUCUCACAGAUACAUCGGUUAGCCCAUUGCAAAAAGUAUUUGUUGAAAUAGAUGAUCCAUAUGCCAGUAAUAUCGCUUACUCUUAUUAUAAAUACUCCGUGUCUCUUCUGUACCUUGAAUUUGAAAGUGUACCGAAGUCAAAAAUCUCAUCUAUAAAAGAUGAACUAUUAAAGGCAUUAAACGAUGUACUCAAAAAAGGCAUUGAUAUGAAACGAAUGAAUACAGUCGUUCAUAGACGUAUUCUUGAAACAUUGAGUACACUGGAAAAUAAACCUCACGAUGCAGUAGCGCAAAUGCUUUUUAGAUAUGUACUUUAUGGUAAUACCAAAGAAGAUUUGGAUCAAAGGUCAAACCAAAUAAGGGAUCUCAAACGAAUGGAAACCGAAUCAGAAUCUUAUUGGCUAAAUCUGUUGAAAAAAUACUUCCUCGAUUCUCCGCUAGUAAUAGUUAAAGGAAUUCCCAGUUUAAAAAAACGACAGGAAUUGGCAAAAAAAGAAUUAGAUCGUAUAGCUAAACAAAUAAAAGAUUUAGGUAAAGAUGGUCUUCAACAAAAAGAGAAGGAGUUGAAGGAAGCAAUUGCUAAAAAUAAUGUACCUGUACCUGAUGAAGUGUUGAGUUCAGUACCUAUACCAACUACUGAUCAUAUAAGUUUUCACCAUAUAAAAAGUUAUACAACAGAAACUGCUGAACAACAUGCUAGAUUCUCCUUGCCAGAGUUGCCAUUUUAUACAUACCUAGAUCAUGUUAACACAAAUUUUGUUUAUAUGUUCACGAUUAUGAAUACAUCAACUAUUGAAAGAAAAUAUAGACCUUACAUUCCUUUAUUGUUGGAAGUUAUUAUGGAGUGUCCAGUUAAGCGAAGCGGACGGCUUAUUCCAUAUGAAGAAGUAGUGGCCGAAUUAGAAGGAGAUACCGUCGAAACUGAUACUAGACUUGGAAUUGAUAAUCCUACGAAAUUUUCAUGUGGAUCAUUUAGUAACAGUGCAAUUUUGAUACUUCAUCUUGAAAUAGAAAAAUAUGAAAAAGGUGUACAAUGGAUUAAAGAACUUUUAUAUGAAACUGAGCUAACUCCUGAUAGAUUGAAGAUAGUAGCAGCAAAAACGAUUAAUGAUGUUGCUCAAUUUAAGAGAAAAGGGUAUAAAAUCGUAAAUGAUUUAAUGAAAGGAUUAAUAUAUAAUAAAGAUAGUAAUCACUUUUCAACCAGUAUGUUGCGGCAGCAAAAGUUUCUGACCAAUGUCUUAGACCGGUUAAAUGACGAAAACGGUCAAGCGGAAGUAUUAUCAGAAAUUGAAUCUGUCAGAAAAGUUUUAACAAUGCCAAAAAAUAUGACAUUGUACAUAGCAACAAACGUGGACAAGUUAACUACUCAAAUACAAAAUGUAUACAGUCCAUGGAACACUCACUUUUCUGAAUUCGCCAAAUCAGAUAAGAUUAAGCUUCAAGUUACUCCCGAUUCGGUAUAUAUAAAUCAUUUAAAAGAAAUCCCAAUUAAAGGCUGUGUUACAGGAUUAGGUUGUAUAGAAUCCUCAUUUUUAUCGCAAAGUUGCCAGUGUAUAAACGAUUACAAACAUCCAGACUUGGCGUCUUUGCUUGUUUGUUUACAAUACUUAACUCAAUUGGAGGGUCCCAUGUGGAGAUUAAUUAGAGGUCAAGGUCUUUCUUAUGGGUAUAAUAUCUACUCAAAUGCAAACGAAGGUUUGAUGUAUUUAUCAUUUUAUAGAUCAACAAAUAUUGUUGCUGCAUAUAAAGAAGCAAAAUCAAUUGUAAAUUUACAUAUCUCCAAAAACAAAUGGGAGAAAUUACUUUUUGAAUCAGCGAAAUCAUCGUUAAUAUUUGAAAUGAUUGAGAGAGAACAAACUGUGGGUGACUUGGUACUUCAGUCACUGUUAUGUUAUUUUAAAAAUGUUCCUCAUAAUUACACGCAACAAAUGGUAGAACGUAUAUCUGCGGUGACAAUUGAAGAUAUGGCUCGCGUAGCAUCUAAAUAUUUGACACCGUUAUUUGACCCAAAAAAAUGUAAAACAACUAUUGUUUGUCAUCCAUCUGAGGUACCAGAAGUAGUUGAUGCAUUUAAGUCGAUGAAUCAUGAUCUUAAACUAUACAAUUCGCUUGAAGAAUGUUAUCUGAAUGAUUGGUAAUUUAAAACUAUUUAAUUAAAUUGUCAACAUAAAUUUAUUUUUAUUCGAUCAUUGUCUUGAACAAACAUGUAAGUGCACUUCUUACACAUUUAAAAAAUUGUUGACUUACAUUUGGAAUCCCAAAUUUAAUCACAAAUGCCGCUAUAAUAUUUAACAAAGAAGCAUUUACUACUACUUAAUUUUAUAGAAAUUGUACACUUUUAUAGCAAUUAAAUAAUUCUACUGAUUCACUA